GUUAAGGCGCCUGCCUCCCGUUCCCUCCUCCUCCUCCUCCUCCUUCUCCGGCUGGCCGCUUCAUCAUGUAGGCAACCGGGGCCCCUUGCCUCUUUGCAUGGAGCAGGGCGCUUGACGUCAGCUCUAUGAAUAUUGCACGAAGAAGCCGGAUUGCGAGCGCGGCGGCGGCGGCUCGAUGUAGGCAAGGGCUCUUUCCCGGCGGGGAGCGUGGCGGGCAGGAGGCGCUGAUCGCCGCCGCUUUGGAGCAGGAGGAGAUCCGGCGCUUCCUGGCCCUGGGCGAGCGAGGCGGCCGGGCGUGCGGGCGGCCGGGCUUGGUGCUGCACGGCGAGGAGGAAGUUCUGGGCUGCGCUUUCCUUCCCCACCGCCAGGGGGCCCCCGGGGAAUGUGACCUCAGCGGCCGGCAGUGGGGCAGGAGCCGCGGGAGGCUGCCGGGGAACUCCUGUGCCGCCGCCUCUGCCGCCAACUCGCUGCCGCCGCCGCCGCCACCGCCGCCGCCCGCUGCCCACCUCCUGCCAGCCAGCAUGGCUGCGAAGGAGCGGCAGAAAAGCAAAGUGACCAAGGAGAGCGUCACCCUGUUGCCUUGCUUUUAUUUUGUGGAGUUGCCCAUACUGGCAUCUUCUGUUGUUAGCCUCUAUUUCCUUGAGCUUACGGAUGUCUUCAAGCCCGUUCACUCUGGAUUCAGCUGCUAUGACAGGAGCCUGAGUAUGCCCUACAUCGAGCCUUCACAAGAGGCUGUUCCUUUCUUGAUGUUGCUCAGUUUGGCUUUUGCUGCACCUGCCAUUACAAUCAUGGUGGGAGAAGGGAUUCUCUACUGCUGCCUUUCUAAACGUCGAAAUGGAAUUGGAGCUGAGGCCAAUAUCAAUGCCGGUGGCUGCAACUUCAACUCUUUCCUUAGGAGAGCAGUCCGGUUUGUUGGUGUCCAUGUGUUUGGCCUUUGUGCCACAGCUCUCAUUACAGAUAUCAUACAAUUGUCAACAGGAUAUCAGACACCAUACUUCCUGACGGUAUGCAAACCUAACUAUACAUCCCUAAAUGUAUCCUGCUCAGAAAAUUCUUACAUUGUGGAGGAUAUUUGCUCAGGACUUGAUCCUGUUGUCAUCAAUGAUGGAAGAAAGUCAUUCCCUUCAGAACACGCUACUCUGGCAGCCUUUGCAGCUGUGUAUGUUUCAAUGUACUUCAAUUCUACUUUAACCGACUCCUCUAAACUUCUGAAACCACUUCUAGUCUUUGCGUUUAUCAUCUGUGGGAUUAUCUGUGGACUAACUCGCAUCACCCAGUACAAAAACCAUCCAGUUGAUGUUUACUGUGGCUUUUUAAUUGGCGGCGGAAUUGCUCUUUAUUUGGGCCUUUAUGCUGUGGGGAACUUUAUGCCAAGUGAAGAGAACAUGCUCCAUCAGAACCAGCACAGAGAACCAUUAAGAUCUUUGACUGACCUAAGCCAAGAUGCCAGUAGAAUUUUGCCCGGUAAAAAUGGUAGCAAUGAUGCUAUCUCCACUCAUCAUGCUGAGAGCAUGUUAAAUAGGAACCACAGAGAAACUGGAUCCCUCACUAACCUCAAAAGAGCAAAUGCUGAUGUAGAGAUUAUAACACCACGAAGUCCAAUGGGAAAGGAGAACAUGGUAACUUUCAGUAACACUUUGCCCAGAGUCAAUACACCCGCAAUGGAAGAGUCAGCUCGUCGGAAUGCAACUAUUCACGCAUCUAUGGAUUCUGCCCGCUCAAAGCAGCUUCUUUCCCAAUGGAAGAACAAGAAUGAAAGUCGUAAGUUGUCCCUGCAGGUAAUAGAGACAGAUUCUGGACAAUCACCACCAAGAGCAAUUGAAAUGAGAUCAAGCUCUGAGCCCUCCAGAGUAGGAGUUAAUGGGGAUCACCAUGGGCCUACCAAUCAGUACCUGAAAAUUCAGCCUGGUAGUGUGCCAGGCUGUAACAGUGCUGGUCUUACUGGUGGGCCAAGGGUUUCUAUUCAGUCACGCCCCGGUUCUUCACAGCUUGUGCAUAUUCCUGAAGAGACACAGGAGAAUGUCAACACAUCUCCAAAAACCAGCACAGCUAGAGCUAAGUGGUUGAAAGCUGCUGAGAAGACUGUGGGGUGCAGAACCAACAGCCAGCCAAGAAUUAUGCAGGUCAUAGCCAUGUCCAAGCAACAAGGUGUGCUUCAGGGCAGCCCUAAGAGCUCUGAAGGCAGUACAGUCACCUGUACAGGAGCCAUCCGAUACAAAACCUUGACAGACCAUGAGCCAAGCGGUAUAGUAAGAGUAGAGGCCCAUCCUGAAAAUAAUAGGCCUGUAAUUCAGAUGCCAUCGGAAGGGGAAGGGAGUGGUUCCUGGAAGUGGAAAGCCCCUGAGAAAGGAAGCCUUCGUCAAACAUAUGAGCUAAAUGAUCUGAACAGGGACUCUGAGAGUUGUGAAUCUUUGAAAGACAGUUAUGGAUCCAGUGACAGAAAAAGAAGCAACAUUGAUAACAGUGAGCACCACCAUCAUGGGAUAACUACAAUAAGGGUCACGCCAGUGGAAGGCAGUGAGAUUGGUUCAGAGACCCUGUCCAUUUCCUCUAGUCGCGACUCCACACUUCGAAGAAAAGGUAAUAUAAUUUUAAUUCCUGAGAGAGGAAGCAGCCCAGAAAAUACCAGGAACAUCUUCUACAAAGGAACAUCUCCAACAAGAGCUUACAAAGAAUGAAAGCUGAUGACUCCAGCCAAGCAAUGCCACUAACAAUCAAUACUGUUUGGUACGAGCUUUUGUGCUCUCUUUAUUUUUGAGCUGAUGCCGAAAUAAUCUUAAUGUGCCAAAAUAUCAACCAUCAGCCUGACUGUUUUUGGAUGUUGCUGAUGUGUAGUGAUUGUGCAUGAGUUUGUGGAUUUCAUGUUGCGGGGGGGAAAGCACAAUGCAAGAACCCAACCAACAGGAAGAGUUUCCUAACAGGUUUUUGGUUGGGGGGUUUGUUUUUGUUUGGAUUCCAGUUAUUUCUCCAAUGGGAAUGAUGUCAACAAUGGCAGUGAUCUUAAAUCUAGACACCUUAUUUCCUGAAUGUGCCAAUGUUUUUAUUUAUAUAGCUACAUAAAUAGAUCCAAGGACAAAUGGGAAAGGGUUUUUUUAACAGCAAAAGCUGUACCAGUGUUGUAUGUUCACCUUUGCGGGUUUUGCACCAAAAUUUAAUUCAAGUUGGUGCUGAGUCUACCUUAACAUUUUUGGAAAACUGACAUACCUGUGCAGCUCUAAAGACACAUGACAUUUUUGACAUGUAAUUCCUUUUCAAGUAAUAUUGCUGAAAAUAUAAUGCUGCCUGCAUUCAUUUUAGAGUAGAAAAAUAUUGACCGCUUUGAUAUAGUGGAUCUUUCACAUUAAAAGGUUGCAAAGG